CUCGACCAGGCCGGGAUCACUGAUGUCUGAAGCGACUGGCAUGGAUGAACAACCAGCGGAAGUGUCGAGCGGUCAACGGCCAGAUGCCAUGACCCAAUGCUGAGGACGCCGAAGACGUACGCCUUGCAGUUUACAGCCACGCUCAUGCUCCACGGCUGCCAUGCAGCGCGCUUGACCUGUGUGAUUUGACAUACGGAGUGUUUUGCUGGGCCCUUUCAGGACAUCGACCAGAACCCCGGGCUUCCUGGCAGCACGUAAUCCAAAAUGCGUACCUGUCCGCAAUGCGACUCGGACUCGAUCGAGACGCAAGAUGGCACGCAGGUCUGCACGCAGUGCGGCCAUGUGCUGGGCGAGUCGGAGAUUGUCAACGACGUCACCUUUGGAGAGACCUCCGCCGGUGCGGCGACGGUGCACGGCACACAAGUCUCCGGCUCCACGGGGAAGCAUGCUAUGGUCGGACCCGGUGGACGGAGGUACGGUGAUGGAACUGACUCGAGAGAGGCGACGAUCUACAAUGCCAAGCAAGCGAUCCGCAACCUUUGCCGUCAGCUGAAUCAAGAGUCGGAAGAUCUGCACCAAACUGCGACGCGUUUAUUCACCCUGGCCCUCAACAUUGGGCAAGGUAAGCAGUGGUUCCCAAAUCCAGAGACGCUCGAGCGCGACGCAGCCGGAAAUUUGGUGCAAGGCCGACGCAGUCAGUACUCAUACGGAGCAUGCGUUUACCUUGCAUUUCGAAGGAAAAAGAUCCCUAUCAUGCUCAUCGAGAUCGCUGAUCUGAUCAAGGUCAAUGUUUUCGUCCUCGGUCGAGCGUAUCUGCGCCUCGCACAGCUUCUCCGCUUCGAUCCUGAACAACGCAGCAUCGACAUCAUGGAGCCUUCGAUUUAUAUCCGACGCUUUGCGCGCCUCCUAGACUUUGGCGACGAGUACGAGCGAGUGGUGGAAGAUGCGUCGCGUCUCUGCAUCCGUUUCAAGAACGAUUGGCUCGUACAAGGCCGUCGGCCGUCGGGUAUCACAGGCGCCUGUCUGCUGCUCGCAGCGCGAAUGAACAACUUCCGCCGCAGCGUCGCUGAGGUUGUGCAAGUGGUCAAGGUGGCUGACGUGACACUCAAGAAGCGUCUCGAUGAGUUUCGUGCGACGCCUGCGGCCAAGAUGAGCAUCCACGAUUUCCGCCAGCUGUACAACAAUGUCAGCGAUGGUGCGAUGCCGCCGAGCGCAACCUCAAAUCAGGCGCAGAAGGCAAGGAAGGGGAAAGAGAAGAAGGAGGAAAUUGCACGCAAGAUCAGCGCGAAUGCCAAGCGCGAAGACGUGCGUGGCAAGAAUAAGGCGGAUAGCUCCGGGGUCGAGAUGAGGAGCUCGAAAAAGUGGUCAUCAAGGACAGUGGGAGACGGGCAAAGGGGCGAGGAUGAUGACGGGUCAGAGAGCGAUGACCAAGCAGACGAUCUGGUGGACAGUGAUGAGGGCGAGGCUUCUGGAGCCAAAGAGGGGGCCCUCUCGGCCGAAGCCAACACUGACGUCGAGGAGCAGGUAGACCAAGUCAUCGCGGACGAAGUACAAGGCCUCCUGCAGUCUGAUCGCCUGCGCGACGAUUUCGACCGCGUCGUCCAUGAAUUAGAGCAAAGCGAACGCCGGGCUAAGCUCACCGCAGCCGAGCGACAGGCUCAAAUAGGCACUUCACAAGCCGCUGCGAGAGGUGCUGCCAGUGGAAAUGAGGGAAGUGGUGUGGUGGAGGAGGUAGAUGCGCUUACAACUAGGCCGAAGAAGCGUGCUCGAAGUGGUGAAGAACAAGCUUCCGAUUCCGUCGCGAUGAAAAAGAGCAAGCUACCAGCGGAGGAUCCAAAGGACCCGCUGGCGAAUCUAGACGAAGAAGAGCUCGACGAGUAUCUGCUCUCCAAAGAUGAGGAGUUGGUCAAAGAGCGCAUCUGGACCGAAUUCAACAAGGAAUGGCUUGAGGAAUCGCUGCAAAAAGCAAUCAAGGAGGAAGAAGAUCUAAAGCGCGGUAUCCAGCCGAAACGCAGCAAGCCACGCAAGAAACCAGUGUUGCGGGAUAGCAGCAACGCUGCAGGAAGCUCAGCCCUCGAGUCGACUGUGAACAUGAUGAAGCAGAAAAAAUUCAGCCGAAAAAUCAACUACAGCGCGCUCGGCAAUCUGCUACCGAAUCAAUCGGGGAUCGUCUCGGCGGGCGGAUCGCGGCCGCACAGCGAGCUGGAUGACUUGGGCGGCAUCGGUGCGGCUUACAACAUGAUCGGCCGUGCCGCUUCACAGGCCCGCAGCGAGGCGAGCACCGGCCUGGGCGGCGAGUCGGAUUUCGGCAGCGAGGAUGACAAGGACAUUGACAGGGAUCGCUCUCGUGGCAGCCGCGCAAAUGGGAAAGGGCGCGUGCCUGAGCGCGCCGGGAGGGAUAGCAGGAGCAGGGACGGCGGAUCCGACGCAGGUGGUUUCGUAUCUGACGGAGGGGCGUACUCGGACGCUUAUGCAGAGGAGGCGUACGGGUACGACGACGCCUAUGAGUAAGCUCAUUGUAGCCCCCUUUGACGACCGACAGGGGGUUUCAGCAUUGUCAGACAGGAAGACAUUCGUGACAUUAAAUAGUAAGCAUCACAUUCAGAUUACCCUUUGCUCAUGUAUCAUUAUCCAGCCCAACCGUAAUGCAGAUCAUCACGCGACGCC